GAAUUGCGUCACGUGACCUCUAUGCCUCUUCUUCGUUUUGUUUUGCUAUAGGCGGUGCGUGUGUCCCCAAAUUCUCACUAAGAUCUGACGGGGCAAGAGAUCCGGGCGGAUUGGCGAACAGUGAAUCAAAAUGGGACUAUAAAGCAACAGAAAGAAAGAGAGUAACAAUUCUACGAAAUCCUCUGGGUCAUUGUUUCCCACGCUGUACGCAUCUCUGACACUUGACAAGACGCGGCUACUCUGAAGAUACGUUGACCAGCAUUACAGAAGAAACCGAUUAGCCUGCUAGCUAAGGAUAUCUGCCUUUCUGCGGAUAUUACGUUUCUGAUUUAUGUUCAGUAUUUGCAACGUGUUCUUCCGUUCACAAUAUGUAUGUUAAUCUAAUCAAGAGAUACAACGACGGGAUGUUAUGCGAUUCAAAAGGGACAUUUUACGUUGAAAUAAUGUGAAGUAGGCGAUUCGUGUCAUCAUCAAUGGUGAAGCGUUUGUUUAAACUAGGCCUAUGAUAAGACCAGAUGACUAUGGCUACAUUUUUAUUGCAUACUUAACACAAGGUCUGCGUAAUCAGCGGAUGGAUGUAAUAGAUACUUUCGCGUUAAAUAUGUGAAAUAUGGAAAAUGUCAUUUCAUGUAUGUGGUGUUCGCUUUAAAUGUAGAGAUCUGUUCUUGUAAAACAUCCAAUCGAAGCUGUUGUAUUAAACCCAUACGUCUCGUAUGUGCUUUCGCGGCUGCGGGGUGAUCAGUUAAGCCUAUUAAACUGCGCCGCGCUGUGUGAAAUGGGCCGACGACUUAAUUUGGGAAACAAAUAAUUAUUUGAGGCUUAAAGCAGCUUAAAGCAUUUCCGAUUUUUUGGGUGUGGUGACCUGGUCACAAAAACACAAAGCGCUGAUUUAUUCUACAUAAAGGGCCAGCUAAAAAAACUCCAGCAUUCACUGCAGCCCAUUGCAACAAUGGAGCGACUGUACGGCGGUGGCAGGAACUCUGGGGUGGUUGAGCCGAUGCCUGGCUAUGUGGAACUCAUCUCCAGGGGCUCUACCGUCAUGCUCGGUGCCUAUAGAGACUGCAAGAGCUGCGGCGUGGAGCUCUCCAAAAAGACUCUCCUGGACAAUGCACUCAUAACGUGGGUGGAGGUCGGCCUGUUCUUCGUGUGCGCAGUAAUGUGGACGCUGACCCGCCGUGGUCUGACGGCAUGCCUCUUUCAGCCAGUGGCCCGGUGGUGCCAGCUGAAGCCGCGGUGUGCUGCUAAAAUGCCGGAGAGCGCGUGGAAGCUCUGUUUCUACAGCAUGUCCUGGUCCUACAGUGCCUAUCUCCUGUUCUGCACACACUACUCCUUUUUCUACAACCCUCCUUCCGUCUUCUAUGGCUGGAAGAGAGGGAUGGCGGUUCCCGCGGAUAUCGCCCUGGCGUACCUGAUCCAGGGCAGCUUCUAUGGCCACUCCAUCUACGCCUCCAUCUACAUGGACGCCUGGAGGAGAGACUCCAUCGUCAUGGUGACGCAUCACAUCAUCACUCUGGCUCUGAUCACUUUCUCCUACGCCUUCAGAUAUCACAAUGUUGGGGUGCUGGUCCUGUUCCUGCACGAUGUGAAUGACGUGCAGCUGGAGUUCACUAAGCUCAAUGUCUACUUUAAAACCCGGGGGGGUGGCUACCACCCGGCCAACAGCAUCAUCUCCACCCUGGGCUGCAUCAGCUUCAGCGUCACAUGGUUCUGGUUCCGGCUGUACUGGUUCCCCCUCAAGGUUCUGUACGCCACCUGUGUGUCCAGCCUGGCGUCUGUCCCUGACAUCCCUUUCUACUUCUUCUUCAACUGCCUCCUCCUGCUGCUGCUGCUCAUGAACAUCUACUGGUUCCUGUACAUUGUGUUCUUCGUGGUGAAAGUGCUGACGGGGCAGAUGAGGGAGCUCAAUGAUGUGCGGGAGUACGAGGAGGAAGAGGAGGAAGAGGAGGAGCCUCUGAGAGAUGGCUCUGUGAAAUAUAGGUCCCCUGUGCAGAAUGGCCUUGUGAAAGACAAGCAUCUAUAAUGAUCUCAGUAGCACCUACUAGUUGCACUUAUCUGGAACUGCAAGUAACUAGGUGGCCCAGCAGAAAUUUAGCCCAUUGUUGUGGAUGGAGUUACUGACUGGUCUUUUAUAAAGAAAAACAAAAAUAGGCUGCUAGGCUAUGACAGUUUUUAGUUAUUUUACAUUUUUUUAUUUACACCACUGUGAAUGUUUAUUUCAGAUUGCUGUACUUGUGUCAGGUAAGAAGUACAUGUUUUGUUGACAGGCGACUGUUCUCAAGUAUAACCCUGAUUAUUUUCCGGUUUUUCUAUGUACACUCCUAGGUGCCCAGCAAGACGGGCUCUCUCUCGCUCUCUGUUUGAACUUCGCCAGAGCAGAGACACAGAAAUGCAGGUAGAAACAGGUAGAAAUGCAGGUAUUUGAAAGUGAUGCCGUUCACAGUGAUGCACAGUUUGCCUGGAUGAUACUGAUGUGUUUUUUAUCGUUUGAGCUCUCCACAAUGGCUGCCAUUUUCCUGACUCUGGGGGUGAAGGCAACAGCAGGGGAGUGUGUGCGCCCCCUACAGGCAAAAAGCAUGCCUGUUUAUUUAUCCACCGAAGCCUUCUCCCGUCUCGAACAGUAUCCGAGGGUUACCAUUGAACCCAAGCAGGUCCUGUGCCACUGAGCCACGGUGAUGGGUUAUGGUUAGGAGCUAGCAUUAGGGUUUAUAGUUAGCGGUUAGGGUUUAAGGUUAGGGUAUCCUCGGUGAUGGGUUAUGGUUAGGAGCUAGCAUUAGGGUUUGGAGUUAGCGGUUUGGGUUUAAGGUUAAGGUUAGGGUAUCCACGGUGAUGAGUUAUGGUUAGGAGCUAGCAUUAGGGUUUGGAGUUAGCGGUUAGGGUUUAAGGUUAGGGUAUCCACGGUGAUGGGUUAAGGUUAGGAGCUAGCAUUAGGGUUUGGAGUUAGCGGUUAGGGUUUAAGGUUAGGGUAUCCACGGUGAUGGGUUAUGGUUAGGAGCUAGCAUUAGAGUUUGGAGUUAGUGGUUAGGAUUUAAGGUUAUGGUUAGCGUGGUUUUCAGUCUUUGAGGAUGGGGAAUCAUCCGUGUUUGGAAAUAAGGGAAGUACUUUUUGGGUCCCUUGUGGGGAGGGGGUUACUAAAGUGUUAUGAUGGAGAGGAAAGUAAAUAACAUUUUCACAUUUCCUGUUUUCAUAGUGUACGUUUUAGCUCCGAAAAUGAAGGCAUACAUGUUGAUGACAGUAGACAGUUGCUGUAGCUAAAUUGGAUUGUAGACCUACAAGAGUUUUUGUUAUAUAGUUGUACUAUGUUUUAGGCUUUAUUAUUACAUAGGAUUUAUGGACAGCAGAUUUGAUCUUGGACAUAGGUUUUGGCAACAGUUUUAAGUAACAACACUGAUUUAAUAGCUGUCUUUAUUAUGCAGGUAUAAUAAAUCCUUGAGGAUCUUGUGUUUACUCAAAACAAGCA